AAGUUAGCCAUGCCCAUGCCCUUCGUCACCGACCAAACCAACGGUUCCUGGCACACCUCGGACAUCUUCUCCCGACUCCUCAAAGAACGCAUCAUCUGCCUCAAUGGCGAAGUAGAAGAAACCAUCUCCGCGUCCAUUGUAGCCCAACUCCUCUUCCUCGAAGCCGAUAACCCUUCCAAACCCAUCGCUCUCUACAUCAACUCCCCGGGAGGAAGCGUCACUGCGGGCCUAGCAAUCUACGACACGAUGCAAUAUAUCCGCUCGCCCGUCACCACCAUCUGUCUCGGUCAAGCAGCGAGUAUGGGCAGUUUGCUACUCUGUGGUGGUGCCAAAGGACGGAGAUAUUGUUUACCGCAUGCGAGGAUUAUGGUCCAUCAGGUCAGUGGAGGGUAUUCAGGACAGGCAUCCGAUAUUGCGAUUCAUGCCAAGGAGAUUUUGAGGGUGCGGGAGCAGUUGAAUCGGAUUUAUCAGACGCAUUUGACGAAAGAGAAGACGUUGGAGGAGAUUGCGGGGGUCAUGGAGAGAGAUUUCUUUAUGAGUGCCGAGGAGGCUAAGGAGUGGGGCAUUGUGGAUGAGGUGUUGGAGAGGAGAGAUACGGACAAAAAGGACGCGGAGGGGAAGUGAAGUGAUGUGAUGUGAACAGAGAAGGUGCAUUUCAGGAAGUGAAGCCCAUCUUGAAAUGCUAGGUCUGGCUACUCUCUGGAAGAAAUCUCACCGCAUCAUCCAGACGAGAUCAUUACCUAUUGGUGAAGAAGCCGCACGCGGCCCAGAGGUAUACUCGACGCGAGUAUGAUGGACCUGGUCGGCACUCCAUGAACCCAUCAACAGGAGACAGCCUACCUCCACGAACACGACAGGUUUUGGUGGUAAACGCCCACGCCCCCCAGCGCAGCCAGCAACCCAACGCAUCCUUGCUAGCAAGAACUAGAACCACCCCAAAAGCCGGCAGCAUAGCCAGUGGAAAUCUAGAUCGCUAGCGCAUCUGGGUUGUGUCUCGUCUCUACGUUGCUGGUCCAUCGACGGAAGAAGAGCAAAAAAGCAAGACACCAAUAAUGAGAAGAGACCAUGAAACCAACGCAACUCAACGAUGGCAUGAAAAUCACAUGGAGUCAGGAAAGUGCCAAUAUCGGUACUUUAAGUGGCUUAGUGAACAUGACGACCUACAUGUAGGUAAGAUAAACAGAGCAGAACAAAGAUAAGAUCGCCAGCUUAGGUACAGGUAACCACGGCAGUCAAGAAUGAAAAGAGG